UCAGUACGAUUUUGAAGUUUGAGUAGGGUUGUCGUUCGCGCCAUUCCGAUACGUGUUGUUUAUUUUUGUGUCAACUCAAAACUUUUGUAUACAAAAUUAUAAUGGAGCUUAGGUAAAAUGAAAACUUUGGAAAUAGUGAUGUGGUCGUAUUAGGACAGUGUAAUUUAGUUUUAUUGACUGUUUAAAAAAUAUAUUUAAGAUGCGUACGAAUACGAAGACUGUUGUGAACUUUUGUCUUGUUUUGGGUAUGAUAAACGUUGCAGAGGCGGGGAUUAUUAGUGAUCAGUGCGACUGGACUGGCAGCGGGCUGUCAGUGUCGGGU